CUUGGAAGUGGAGACUGGGGCAGAAGGUGGGGAGGAAGAGGUAGCUGCCGGCCCCAAAGAGUGCACAGAUGCUAUGUGCGGGAUUGGCUAGAAGUAAGAAAAGAAGUGGAGGAAGUCUCUUAAAAGUGGGACAGACCUAGUCAGCUUAACCCAGCAUGAGACACAGAAUGCUACUAUAGAUGCUGUGCCUGGAAUUGUACCUAAGAAGUUCUUCCAUUUAUUAAUAUUUUCUCUCUGGAAUUACAUGGUUUGAAACUGCUUGAUUUUGAAAUGAUUUAGAAUAUAAUUCAGUCUGCUUAGAUGUACUAAACAUAUCUACCCAUCUAUUGGUAGACUUUUUCCUACUGGAAUGUUUAUAAUAGAAGUAAGAUGCUUCUUACAUUUUCACUCACAGGGAACACAUAAAAUAGCAUGGAAUAAACAGCUUGCCCUGUGUCUGCAUAGAUUUGCUUCAGAUCUGUCUGCCCUCUUGUGUUAAGCAGUCUCAUUGCAGUUGCUCUCACCAGCCAGAUGUUUAACAAAGCAGUUGUACCAAGGAAACAGUGCAUACAAAGCGUACUGAUGAAGGACUGAAGAUUAAAUUCAAAUGCAAUGGAUUUUCCCCUAAAAGAAUAGGAGCAGAGAAAGCUUUCACAAUCUUUAAAUAACAAUACUUUUCUUGGCAAACUUCACGUCUAGUACUAUUAGAGGGAGGAGAGAACAGCAAAAACCCCUCCGCCUCCACAUCAAUUUGGCUGCUCAGGAACAUGUUGGAUGAGCUCUGAGACAUCAUUUCUGAGCUACACUGCUCUGUUCUUCUCUGCAAACACUGCACAGAAUGUGAUCCAGGUGAAGUGAAGAAAUAGUCUCCCAGCUGAACUACUAUGAGGUCAGAAGCCUUGCUGCUAUAUUUCACACUGCUACACUUUGCUGGGGCUGAUUUCCCAGAAGAUCCUGAGCCAAUCAGUAUUUCGCAUGGCAACUAUACAAAACAGUAUCCGGUGUUUGUGGGUCACAAGCCAGGACACAGCGCCCCACAAAGGCACAAACUGGACAUCCAGCUUCUCAUGAUCAUGGACAGAACCAUCUACGUUGCUGCUAGGGACCAUAUUUAUACUGUUGAUAUGGACAUAUCACAUACAGAAGAAAUUUAUUUUAGCAAAAAAUUGACGUGGAAAUCCAAACAGCUCGAUGUAGACACAUGCAAAAUGAAGGGAAAACAUAAGGAUGAAUGUCAUAACUUCAUUAAGGUUCUCCUAAAACGAAAUGAUGAUACAUUAUUUAUUUGCGGGACAAAUGCCUUUAGUCCCUCCUGCAGGAAUUAUAAGAUGGAUACUCUAGAGUUUCUGAAAGAGGAGUUUAGUGGAAUGGCCAGGUGUCCUUAUGAUGCAAAACAUGCCAAUGUUGCACUGUUCGCAGAGGGAAAGCUCUAUUCUGCCACUGUGACAGACUUCCUUGCCAUAGAUGCAGUCAUUUACCGAAGUCUUGGAGACAGCCCAACUCUGCGGACAGUCAAACAUGAUUCAAAAUGGUUGAAAGAGCCAUACUUUGUCCAUGCAGUGGAUUAUGGCAACUAUAUCUACUUCUUCUUUAGAGAAAUAGCAGUGGAGUACCACAGCAUGGGAAAGGUAGUUUUCCCCAGAGUAGCUCGGGUUUGCAAGAAUGACAUGGGUGGAUCUCAACGAGUGCUAGAAAAACAGUGGACUUCCUUCCUAAAGGCACGAUUGAACUGCUCAGUUCCUGGAGAUUCACACUUCUACUUUAACAUACUGCAGGCGGUUACAGAUGUUAUCCGUAUCAACGGUCGGGAUAUUGUCUUAGCAACCUUCUCCACCCCAUAUAACAGCAUCCCUGGCUCUGCUGUCUGCGCUUAUGAUAUUCUUGACAUUGCCAAUGUCUUUUCUGGGAGAUUCAAAGAGCAAAAGUCUCCAGAUUCAAUAUGGACACCAGUUCCUGAUGAACGAGUGCCAAAGCCCAGACCAGGUUCCUGUGCUGGCUCUACAUCUCUUCAAAAGUACACAUCCUCCAACGAGUUUCCAGAUGACACUCUAAACUUUAUCAAAACACAUUCUCUCAUGGACGAAGCGGUACCAUCAAUUGUUAACAAGCCAUGGUUUCUGCGGACAAUGGUCAGAUAUCGCUUGACCAAAAUUGCUGUUGAUAAUGCCGCUGGGCCAAAUCAGAAUCACACUGUGGUUUUCCUUGGAUCAGAGAAGGGAAUCAUCUUGAAGUUCUUGGUCAGGACAGGAAAUAGCGGUUUUCUAAAUGAUAGCCUUUUUCUGGAGGAGAUGAGCAUUUACAAUCCUGAAAAGUGCAGCUAUGAUGGGAUAGAAGACAAAAGAAUUGUGGGCAUGCAGCUGGAUAAACGAACCAGUGCCCUUUAUGUAGCAUUCUCAAACUGUUUAAUAAGAGUUCCGCUGGGAAGGUGUGAGCGUCACGGCAAGUGCAAAAAGGCCUGCAUAGCUUCUAGAGAUCCAUAUUGUGGAUGGAUGAAGGAAACCGGGGCAUGCAUGCAGCUCUUUCCUGGAACUACACUGGCAUUUGAGCAGGACAUAGAGCAUGGCAAUACCGAUGGCCUGGGUGACUGCCAAAAUUCGUUCGUAGCACUGAAUGACAUUUCAACUACUUCAUCAGAUCAUGAAAUGUCUUACACUACAGUGUAUGGACACUCCAGUGCCCUGGUUCCCAGCACCACCACUUCAGACUCUCCAGCCCAACAGGGCUACGAUGCUAGGGGGCGCAUGCUAGAUUGGAAGGAUCCGGUUGGCUCAUCUGAAAACACAAAUCCACAUGUGGCUGUCUCAUCGCAUAAUCACCAAGACAAAAAGGGAGUCAUUCGUGAGAGUUAUCUGAAAGGUCAUGAUCAGCUGGUGCCUGUCACCCUUCUGGCUAUUGCAGUCAUUCUUGCCUUUGUCAUGGGGGCUGUCUUCUCGGGGAUCAUAGUGUACUGCAUCUGUGACCAUCGGCGUCGAGAUGUGACCAUCGUGCAGAGGAAGGAGAAGGAGCUGACCCAGUCCCGCCGGGGUUCUAUGAGCAGCGUCACCAAGCUCAGCGGCCUCUUUGGGGACAGUCAGUCUAAAGAGCCAAAGCCUGAAGCCAUUCUCACACCCCUGAUGCACAAUGGCAAACUUGCUACCCCAGGCAGCACUGCCAAGAUGCUUAUCAAAGCUGACCAACAUCACCUGGACUUGGCUGCUCUACCAACCCCAGAGUCCACCCCAACACUUCAGCAGAAGAGGAAGCCCAGCCGUGGCAGCAGAGAUUGGGAGAGAAACCAGAAUCUAAUCAAUGCCUGCACGAAAGAUAUCCCCCCCAUGGCAUCACCUGUGAUCCCCACAGAUCUUCCUCUCCGGGCUUCGCCCAGCCAUAUCCCAAGUGUGGUAGUCCUGCCCAUCUCUCAGCAAGGCUAUCAGCAUGAAUACGUUGAUCAGCCAAAAAUGAGUGACGUGGCACAGAUGGCAAUGGAGGACCAAAGCGCCACACUUGAGUACAGAACCAUAAAGGAGCAUCUUAGUGGCAAAAGCCCCAACCACGGGGUAAAUCUGGUGGAAAACCUGGAUAGCAUGCCACCAAAAGUACCCCAGAGGGAAGCCUCCCUGGGUCCCCCUGGGUCCUCUCUAUCCCAGGGCGGUCUGGGCAAGCGAUUGGAAAUGCAUACUUCUGCUUAUAACGUGGACUACAAGAGAAACUACCCAACGAACUCGCUUACGAGAAAUCAUCAGACAUCAACUCUCAAAAGAAAUAAUACUAAUUCUUCUAAUUCCUCCCACCUUUCGAGAAAUCAGAGCUUUGGAAGGGGAGACAACCCCCCUCCCGCUCCACAAAGAGUGGACUCUAUACAAGUCCAUGCUGCUCAGGGUCAGACCGUGACUGUGUCUAGACAGCCUAGUCUCACCACAUACAACUCUCUGACAAGAUCAGGGUUGAAACGCACACCAUCGUUAAAACCCGACGUACCUCCCAAGCCCUCCUUUUCCCCUCUUUCAACGUCCAUGAAGCCUAAUGAUGCAUGUACAUAAUCACCGUGGGGUGGGGGGGAACAGCAGGUGACCCGAGUAUGCCCUUAAAAGCCAGGAUUUGGCAACCGGAUUGCUCAUUCCAACUGACAAAGAAGCUGUUGCUUAGCUGAGGAUGUAUUGCUCUCUGGGAAAAGUGGAAUAUUUUUGAACAAUCGGGCCAUGCAAUCCAUGGUUUGCAACUGUAGGACCCACCCCCACAACACGACAGUUCUUUACUCAAAAGACUAACCACAAACAUUGAGCCAAAAGCACACACAUGAAUGAUGACUGUGAUAACUUCACUCUCAACUGCACAGUGCAUCCCGGAAUUGGGAAACAAGUGCUUUGAAAGCAAAAGGGGGGCGGGGGGGAGACAGAACCAACACCAACAAAAGUGGAAUUCAUUGAUUAAGCUAACUCUUAACUGAACUGUGGCAGACGUUUACUAUGUGCAGGUACUGUGAAAUGCCCAUCAGUGUUACAGCCAUUUGGUUAUAGCAGAUUGCCAUGUUGGGCAACAACUCUGUCAUAAGUUUCUGCUACUCUUCUCUUUUAAUGAAUAACAUGUGACUGUUAACGCAAGUAACUCCUAUUAUUUAUUGUUCAUCCUUUUGUCUUUUUUUAUUAUUCCUAAGGAAAUUACUUCUGCAUAUCAUCGUAUGAGCAGCUCUCCAGAAGGAAAACAAACAAACAAAUAUUGCAAAUUAUGCCUAUUUAACGUGAAACCCAUUAACUGGAGUAAUUAAAACUCUUUUUAUUUUUCCAAUAAAUUCACUGAGUUAAAUAAGUUGGAGCUGGAAUUCUGAACUUUGUGUUUGGACUCUCUGAUCUCUUUCUGGAAAUCAAAAAAGGGGGAAUAUUUAUUUAAAUGUCAGUUGAUUGUGCUGUCUGGCCUUUCCACCUCUUCUGUCAGGCAGCAAAUAAAGAAACAAAAAUCCCUCCUACCCACCCUCCAAGGUUCCCAUCUUCCUAGAGUAACGGCAGAGGAGGCUCUUGAAAGCUGCACAUCUGCGCCCCAUUGCUGUGAACAUGGUUUUGUCAGUAGCUCAUACUUUCUGUGAAGGCACCAGCUUGUUCUCUGCCAUCUCAUCUCACCCUUGCAUGUGAGAUGGCAAAUCAAAUCUACAAACAUUGUGAAUUCCUUCAUAUGCUGGCUUGUGCCAUGCAUAGAUUAUGGUCUUACUGCACGAGUUUUUUUCGUGGAAAUACAUCUGUGAAUAGCCUGUUUUCUUCCACAUGUAAAUUUGUGCCUUACACCCUCAGUUGUGUAUAUUUGUGAGAUGUAGUAUGUAAAACCUUAUCCCUCUCUCUAGAAUAAAUCAGAUAUUUAUUUAUCCCAUCCUCACUUAUCCCCCCCCCAAACCCGGAGAAUUUGAGGACACGCUGUUCCGAGAAGAAUGUUGUGACUGUCAGAAUACCCUGGCCGACAAGAAGACAGACCAGUAACAAUAUUCAGCGUGACUUUCGAGUUGUGCCAAUUUGGUUCUCAAACCAACUUUGGGCUAUGCUGGCAGUAUAGAUGCUGUACUGUGGGCAGCAUUUCCUUCUAUCUAAAUAUGUUCAUAUCAUUUCAGCAUAGUGAUCUAUUCUUAUUCUUUACCAGCAUAAAAGUCAUGAACAGAACGUCACCUAGUCUGGUAUGUGUCUGCCUCAGAGAAGCACUGUGGCUGUUGUUCCGGCAGAAAAACCUCGGGCACGCAAGCUAGCGUAUGACCAAUGCAUGGCAUGAAAUGGAAAUAAGCCUAAAGCAGGCUGGUUCCUGCUGGUUCUCAAUAACUGCGACAGUAAGGCAAAUCCAGAAGGAUGCUGCAUAACCCCCUUUUUUAAAAGAAAAAGGGGGGAAAUGAAUUUUAUUUCAUUUUUAAUCCCAUUUGUCAGGAUGGGGGAACGUGUGGGUGCACGGAGUGUGUGUGUGUGUGUGUGUGUGUGUGUGUGUAUGGUUUGACAGUUUAUCAGUUGGUCGAGCACAAGCAUAUAUUUUAUUUUUAAUCUGUUACUAUAAUUAUGUCGAUAUGCUGUAGCAAAAAAGGGGGGGUGGGGGUGGAUGGUGUUUUUAUAUUGCCUGGAGAGAAUGUUUGGGAGGGUUCGGGUGGGGUGGUUUCUGUUUGGAUUUCUUGGGGGUGGGCGUUAUUUUUUAAGAGAAGAAUUUUAUUUUGCUGCAUUUAGGGAGGAGGGGCAUUUUGUUUUCUGAAGGAUCAAAAACAAGGAAAGUUUUCGAGAUGGUUAGCACAUAGGUGGUUGUUUAGACAGUCUGAAUGGUUGAAACCAAAUUGUGUAACAAGGGUGCUUGCAUCUUCUCUCCUUUCAUCUCUGCCUCUAAUGAAACUGAUUUGUUCACCAUGAGGGAACUAUGCAUACUGAAGUCAAAGCAAUGCUUCUGUUGGGGAUUUUGUUUUGUCUUUCUAAUUUCUUUCUAAACUGCAGGUAGCAGGGAAUUCAUCAGGCAAAUAAAAAGGAGCAAUGCAGUAUUUUGUUCCCGAGCUCAACCCCCUGGAGUUCCAGAGGGCACAGUGCCCCUUGUUACACCUUAGCAAAGCAUUCUGUCAUAAUGUAGAAAUGAAUAAUCACUACAGCUUUGUACAGAGAUCUGCCUUUGUAAUAUACAUCACGCCAACGACUGGGUUGACCUUGAGAUGCCCAUUUUGUACUGGAGUGUGUUUUCUGUUCUCUUCCUUUCUUCCUUCCCUCCACCACCUCUUUCCGCCCCUUGGUGUGAAGAGGGUCUUGUUAGACCUACGUGUGCCUUUGCUUUCCACCCUUGCUAUACACUGGUAGACACAACAAAUUCAGACUCUCAUUUGUUGUAAAGUUGUAAAAUGUUGUGAUGUCACCAACUUCCCUUCAUCUCCACAUCCCUCUAACAUCUGAUUCACAAUUUAAUGUAUGUUGUUAAAAAAAGAAAAAGGAAAAAAAUAUUUUAAAAAUAGAAAAGGAAAAGAAAAAAAUGGCAAGGGAAGAAAAAAAAAAUCUCUUGAUGACAUAAAGUAAUAAACCCAGACUGUUCUACCUUA